AUGCUUCGCGAGCGGCGAUCCUUCUGGGUGUACUAUCGUGUAAAUGCGCCCUUUGUGCCUCUAUCUGCGCCACUCCCGCCAGGCCCUGUCUUCGCCGUCAUUCUCGCGCUAUGGCUGCUGUCGGGCGUGGCGUUCGCGGCGUGGCUCUGCUACUCGACGCACGCAACGUACCUCGGUGAUUGCUACCGCCGCCUCGACACGUGGUGCUACGAGCGCGCCAAGCUCUUUGAGCAACACACGCUCACCACCGUCAGCCAGAUACGGACUCUGGCGGGGCUGGCGGCGGUGAUGGGCAAGCCCAGGGGCCACGGCAAUUGGACGUGGGACAGGUGCCUCACGGAGCAGCGUUGGAUCUCCUACCUCAACAAGACCAAAUAUUCCCGACCGGGGGACACGGGCGCCAUGGUUUGCCUCUUCGUCACAGAUGCAGAAAGGCCUGCCUUUGAGAGGUUCUACGGCGGCCCCAUUCUCGACACCACUCUGGCCCCACGGCAGAAGGAGCCUAUGUACUGUCCCAAGCUGCUGGAGCUGCACACGUUUUGGCAGGGGAUCAUUCUUCUUAUUGACAUCAUGCAGCGCGGGGCUGCAGAGCUCUCCUACAUGCGCAGGACGGGCGACAUUGUCUUCAGCCGUGUCGUGCCCAUCGCGGACCUCUCUCUCAACAUCACCGGCUUCGGUCAGUCAGGCCCCCAUCACCCCCCGCACCUCACUGCUCUUCACCUCUGUUUGUCUUACAUCUCCCCUGGCGCAGCGGUAGCAUUGCCCAUCUUGCAGCAUGCACUGCCUAUGAAUCCCACGGAGCAGCAGGCAGAGGAGGCGGUGUUGGGAGCAUCUGGGGCGAAUGUGAACCUGGGGUCCAUCGCCCGCCAUGUGCUGCAAAACGUCUUCACGCCAGACCCUAGCAUCACAUUCGAGGUGUAUGACAUCACAGACCCCAAGGGACCCACAAUGAUCUACGGCUCGGGCCCGCGCCUUGUCUUCUACCUAGAGCGUGACAGCCUUCCCAUCACCGACAUCUCGCCCUCCAAUGUCACGCGCCCGUGGGAGGAGCGCUCUGUCGUGCCGCUCGACCUGCUUAGGGGCCGCCUGCGGCGCUACCAAGUGUGGUGCCGUGUGCUGUGUGGUGCUGGUGAGUGUGCUGUGUGGUGCCGCUACGUGGAGGCACCAAGCACAUGGCUGUCCUGGGGAAUGCCCAUCCUCUGGGCGGCGCUUGCUCUCGUGGUGACGGCACUGAUAGUAGCUGUGGCGUGGCAGCAGCGGUUGGGAUACAUGCGCAGCAAGGAGAGCAUGGCAGCGGCGGACCAGCUGAGAGGGAAGGCGCGGGCAGCGGAGCGGUCGAAGAGCUCGUUUGUGGCGUCCAUGUCGCACGAGCUGCGCACGCCUAUGCUCGGCAUCGUGGGGCUGCUUGAUGCUCUUGGGGACCGCGGGCUUUCUGCCACGCAGCUGGCAGAUGUGGAUGCGGUGCGCGCUACCGCGUACGACACGGUGCGGCUCGUCAACCGCAUGCUCGACCUCUCCAAGCUCGAGGCGCGUCGCAUGGCACUCUGCUGCUCGCCCUUUGAGCCACGCGCGUGGCUCGAGGAGGUCGUGCUGGGCUAUUGUGGGUUGGCGCGGGACAAGGGCAUCGAAGGUGAGUGCGUGGGGUGGGGGAGGAGGGUGGAGGAGGGGAGAGGAGGGGAGAGAAGGGGGAGCGGGAGCUAG